CGAUCAUGGUAUUUAUAUUCUGAACUUGGACCGUCGAGCUAUAGAUUGCAGUUUAUCGAUCAUUCAAGCAGCCGCCUGAAUUUGGUUCGAUGUAGUCGAUAAUAUCAGAGAUUUAGCCGACUAAAAAUAUCGUUGGCUACUAUCGACUAAAUCGAUAGUUUUUAGUCGAUAGUGCCCAUCACUAGACUGAGCUCAGAAUUGAGCCAGUUGAGCAGUUGAGCUCUCUCUCUGGCUCUCUCACUUGCGCUCGCUGUCUGAUAAAAGAUGCAGAGCGCACGCGCACCGUUGACAGUUUACACUUUGCACCGCUGUAAUUUGUUUAAUUACUGACCAGACCAAGAAGUCAAUCCUAAAAACUAACAUUUCUCUUACUUGCUUUAAUAAUGAGAAUAUCCUAUUUGGAAAGUUACGGAGUACUCCGAAUUUCUGAUUUAUUAUUCGAAUAGUAUUAUCGCGGAGGUUAUUCUACAUGUCUAAAUAAAUAAAUGCACAAUACGAUUACUUUAGGAUUUAUACAUUUGAUUGAUCGUGGAAUUAUUUAGAAUAUUCACAAUGUGUGACACAUUGCAUCCUAGUUAUUAUCAUAUCGAGAAACUGGGCUGUGUAGAUCCUAUAAAAAUAGCUACAGCAUUUCAUGUUUACAUUGAACUGUGUGAAGUAAGAAGAUAUUGGGAUAUCAAUUACAAAUACAAUGAACAGCUGGAUUUAUUAUAUUUAGAAGGGAAAAGAUCUAAAAAUUCCCAAGUGGAAUUAUUUAUACCUUGGCUAGCAUCAUCUAACGUUUCUCUUGAUAAAAUUGAGAAAAUACAAGAUGGCUUGAAUGUUGAGCAAGUAACAUUUGUUUUUAAAGCUGCAGAUAGCACAAGUGUCAUGUAUAGAGCUAGCAAGGGACUUGUGAAACCCACGGCUCCAGAAUUAACUAAAUUAAUAAAAGAGAAAGAAGAGAAGAAGCUGAAUUUAGAAAAAGAAAUCAGGAAAAAUACUUCACAUUUGUAUGAAUUAGCAAAAUCAUUGACUACAGAAAAUGUUGAUAAAGAUGCAGGAACUGCUGUAUGUGUUGAAGAUGAAACAAAUAAAUAAAAUCUUUUUCAUAUAUUCUGGAUUCUUUUAGGAAUAAGUAAAUACAAAUUAGAAAAUUUAA